AUGGCCCAUUCGACGCCUAAAAAGAAUAAAUUUCAAGGAGCCUGUGAAUUCAACGAUGCACAUGGUAUCCCAUACUUUAAAUCUGACGCAUUUCGGCAUUUCGGCUUUGGCAAGUCAUCCGGCUGGGCUGCCCUCCGUGAGCCUGAGCAAAGAAAUGGACGAACAUUUCAUUCGACAUACUCCGAGACUAGAGGAAGGCGUCGAUUGAUAGAUAAUCAACGCCUUGCUCAGCUUGAAAGAUUCCUUGAAUCUGAAGGCUUUGAUGCUCGUACAACUUCCUGGGAAGCAAUGCCAGCAGCAGCUGGCCUUGAUAUCGAGGUUUCUGGCCGUACAGUACAUCGAAUGCUUGGUACUCGAAGCUGGCGUUUCUGUAUAGCUUGUUCGAAGACCUGGAUCUCGCCACAGUUAAAAGAAACAAGAGAAAAAUACUGCCGUGGCUUGCUUGAGAAAUAUGGCACUGAUCCAAUACACUGGAGGCAUUUCCGCUUUACCAAUGAGACUCACUUCGGAUAUGGCCCUCAAGGCAAGAUCUAUAUCUGCCGGCGCCCCUGGGAAAGAACAUGUGCAGAUUGCCUUGUUGAAAAUCAGCAGCCAGAGAAAGAAAUGGAUCAAAAACAGAAACGAUUGCAUGCCUGGGCAGCAGUUGGCUAUGAUGGCUUCAAGGAUGGUCUUCACUGGUAUAAUAUUCCAUCGAAUCAGAAUAGUAAGAUGAACUUACAAGUUUAUCGCGAUGAGAUUCUUCAACCAGUUGUUGGCGAAUGGAUCCGGCGAGGAGAUCAGUUUGUAUUAGAAGAAGAUAACGAUUCAGAGCAUGGCGGUACGCGAGGAAAUAAUAUUGUACGCAAGUGGAAGGAGGAAAAUAGCAUUGUAAGCCUUUUCAAUUGUCCACAAUCGCUAGAUCUCAUCGCAAGCCCUAUUGAAAAGGCUUUUCAAGGGCUGAAAAUGUAUGUACGGAAACAGCCCCAUUGGGAUGAUGAUACAUUAAGGCUUUCAGCCCAGGAAGGCUUUAAUGCUUUAUCUAUUUCUACUGUAAAUAGCUGGAUUGAUGCAAUUCCUCAGAUUUUGCAAGAUUGCGUCGAUAAUGAUGGUGAAAUUACUGGGCAUUGAGGAUAAAUGAAAAAUGUCUGUUGUUGAGUGCGCUCUUUUUUGUCAGGAACGUGCCAGUCUACUCUGUAAAAGUCAUCAUAGGAUAAAGAGGAACCGGCAUCCCUGCGACCCCAUUAUUAUUAUAUCUGGCAUCCAUCUGCGCAGAUGGCAUUGGUGGUGUAGCAAAUAUGGACGGCCCGGCGUCACUUGCAACGGCGAAAUCAUUGAUCGCAGCAUCGUUGUAGAGCGCGGGGUCCGUCACCGCGGCUGCCGGCGCGCUGCUGGAAGCGCCGCCACUGACCGGUGGAGCCCACGCCUCCCACAGAUUAUCGAAGUGAAACCAAUCCGUGUCAGACAACACGUCUCCACCUGCAGAGGUGGCAGGUGUAGUGGCUGCGGGCAUCGUGCCAGGGGAUGGUGAGGGGCCGGGGGGCAUGUUGGCAGAGUCGCGGCGGGGCAA